AUGUCUACUACAAGUAUUUUAACUCGACAUCGUUGUACAAUUUGCAAUAGCAAAAGAACUUUUAAGUCAAAAGCUGGUUUACAGCGACAUGAAAAUCUGAAACAUAGCGAUUAUAAGGAAAUUCCUAUACAUAUUUUGCUGGUCCCAGAACAUGAAUUACACCAUAUCAAAAAUGUUAUAGUAAAGGAAUUACAAAAUUUUGUUAGCCUUUUUGGUCAAUAUUUAACUCGAUAUUCUAUUUGUGGGGGCUGGUAUCAAUGUUUUUUUGAUGGUGAAGAAGCAAUCGAUCAACUAUCCGAAAUACUUGGUGAUAGUCAAUGGGCAGAAAGAAAUUAUGGAAAUAGGCAAAUAUCGUGGAUCAAAUUAUACGAAAGUGAGUCAGACAACAUUAAAGAAACAGACCAAAUUGCAUCAGAAUCAAAGUCUAAAACAAAAAAAAAAUUUUACUUAAAGAGGGGAUUAUUUAUUGAAUGGCGAAUGAAAGGAUUUAGUGAUAAGGCAGAACAUCGUUGUGAAAGUGGAGAAGUAACAUUUAGAUUUGUAGUUGAUCAAG